ACAUUGAAAGGAGAAGCAACAUCUAAAGAUCGACCAAAGAAUAGUUUACUUGAAGAAGAUUUAGAGUUUGAACAUAUUCAGAAGAUUGCUCCUGCUAUUACAGAAGAAAAAACUUUGGGAUUAGAAGCUUUGAUUAAACAAAGAAUUUUGGAUGGUCAAUUUGAUGAUGUGAUUAGAAGAAGACCUAUCGAUUUAAAAGCGUUUUUACCAUCUAGAUUAUUAGAAUUACAAGACACGAAAUCGAGUAGAUCAUUAGCCGAAAGUUAUGAAGAUGAAUACCGAAGUGAAAAGAUCCGAUCUGAAACCGGCAUGAAACCCAUAGAUACCAAAGACGAAACGCUAGCCAAAAGUCAUGAAGAAAUCCAAGAGAUUUAUGAAGAUUUAUUUGGAAAGUUAGAUGCUUUAAGUAAUGCACAUUUCACACCUAAAGCACCUAAGACGAUGAUCAAGACGAUCAAUAAUUUACCGACGAUCGCAUUGGAAUCAGCUCUACCUACAUCAAUGGGAAGUAGUACUUUAUUAGCACCUGAAGAAUUGUAUUCGAUCAAUCCAAAAGAUAUUCAAUUAGAUUCCAAUGAACUAACUCAUUCACAAAAACAAACUCAAAGAAAAGAACGAAAAGCAAAACGUAAAGAUCAGUUAAAGAAAAUCGAA